AUGGUGAAGUCUAAACAAACCUGCAAGAAGUCCACCGGUGGCACUGCGCCACAAAUUGCCUUGUUGUUGCCGGCAUCUACUGGAGCGGUCACUGUGCCGGGUGAGCUGAAUGUGAGAGAGCCGUCUGAACACAACGAGUUUUGUCUCAUCUGCAGAGACGGUUCUGUAGGGGAAGAUUGCCUCUUCCUCUGCAGCACCUGUCUGCGGGUGAUGUGUUCAAACUGCAUGAACAUCCCGCCUGCCAGUGCAUGCACGGUGCAGGCCGAUGACGUCACGUUCGUCUGCAUAUCUUGCCACGUUGGCAUGGAACGACACGGGCACGCAUCUCAGUUGCCCUAUUUUGGUUUUUACAGGAAGGGGCAACCACUCCUUCCUUCAUUCCUCCAAAUUCGCGCUACGUUGGAGGUUUCACUCCAUUCCCAACUGUCUUCGGCACCCACGCUCAUGCUCCAUCUCAUCCUCGUUGACCACGACGUCACCGGCGGCUGUUUUGAACUGGCCUCCAAAUUCCUUCGGCCGUACUUCCCCAGCAGAGGGUUUGAAUUUUGGUCCAUCGCGUUCGACAUCAGCAAUGCCUCAAAGAUCGACAAGUACCGGUUGCAGGCGACUGCCAUCGUCCAGUUGCUGAUGAGCUCCAACUGGGCUCGUGUCAUUGUCGCCAUCACUAACCACACCGACAACGAGAAUGGGGAUCCAUUUAUUGGGUACAAGGGCAACAAGAAGUUAUACAUUUCGGCACGUGUUCACUCUGUUCUCGAUGUUCUGCUUUCACCUUGGCAUCCCCUGAUUCAUGGUGCCGCGGAAUCAUACUUAUGGCUGUUUUCAUGUGGCACGCUCAUCAACAACGUCACUUCCUUUUCAGGCUUGCAACAGGCGGUCAUAGAUCAUCGCAUCACAGCCACUAUUGGCUUUAAUGCUGUUCGUUUUCAGCCGAGUUUCGCCACCCACCUUUUGCUCGCAUUCGCGGAGCUGGUCAUCAUCGAGUGUUUGCCCAUUCACAUCGUCUUCCCUGACAUGUUGGGCCAGUCCUACAAACUUGGGCGCCACACUGACGUGUUCUUGCUGAUGCCUGACAACUCAGGUUCAUUGGCCGUUACCAAGUUUGCCUGGACGCAUUCUGAACUUCGCCCUUGGGGUCAGUACCUGCCGGUCCAGUGCCCACAGUGUGGGUGGAGUAACACCUGGUGUUCUGUCAACAUGCACAAAGAUUACAUCUUUGAAUGCAAGAAUGGCCAAUGUAGGAAAAAGUUCCUCAUCUGUUGGAAAGCCUGUGGUGAGGAAGAUUCGGAGGCCUUACUAGCUGCUCAAGACGAGCAAGAGGAACCCAUUGCCUUGCCUACUUCCUUGAAAAAGGCAAUAAAAGAAUACUAUGCCAAAAGUCUCAAAGACAAGGAAGAGGCAGACAAACGUGAGGCAGCGAGUCGCCAAAGAGAACCAUCUUUCUAUAAGAAACCCCUGUCUGAGUGGGACGUAGCACAGAAAUUAUUUAAGCAGGAGAUCGACUCAUAUGACAAGGCCCAACAACAGAGUAAAGGCUUGGAGUAUUCAAUCAAGUACCGCACUGGGAAUGCCAGGGAGUGGUUCAACAACAUGACACCUUCACAACAGCAGGAGGUCAAGUUUGCCAUGAAGAAAUGGAAUGAGGAGGGGGCACCAGAAGAAACUCAGGCAAUUUAUUCCAGUCUAACACUUUGGCUUGAGAUAUCGUAA